CCAUGGUGCUUUUUUGGCUAGGACCCCUCUGUUAAUCAACCUUAGCAUUUUAAGUUACAGUUACAAAUAAGUUGGACAAAACUCGCAAAUUUUAAAAACGUUCGGCAGUCAUCAAGGUGUUUUGACGUGAUGUUCAGAGUUCUGCUUGGAACUGCUACAAAAUUCGGUUUUUCGGCCGUAAUACCGAAACCCACACUAAUUUUACAAAAUGUAGCGAAAGUGGGACACCUAAAACCCCAAAACACACGAAACUUUUCAUCCCUGCUGCUCAGUACAACCCCCAAACCAUCACUAUUGUGUGACCCAGCUGUGUCGAGCAUAGCAAAUAACAUCAUAUCACGAAAUGUAACGAAGUUUUCGCUGCGAAAAGGCAAAAGGAAGUCGGUAAAAGUGGUGCUGAGAAAAUUCUACAGGUUAGACUGGGGCGGAUGGAUCAGGACAAAGUGUGGGAGAAACAAGAAGUUGUGGAAGAAAACAUCGGCAAGAAAACGCAGAUUAAGGCAACACGUGUUCUGUAAUGCCACGCAAAGUAAACUUUUAGAUAAAAUGGUGGGGCCUUACUGGAGGAAGCCCAAAUACUACGUAGAAGAUCCAUAUAACCCGUAUCACAAUAGGGAGGAAUUCUUGUAUACGGCUAAAAAACCAAGACCAUUUUUCCCCCCAGAAGCUUAAUUUUU